CGGUCGUAAUAUACACGUUUGAACAUCAAUAAAACUUUUUGAGUCCAAGCUUUAAUGAAAAUUGCAAUAUGCAACCUGUCGAUAUCUUACAGUUUCCGAUCAGCAUGGUGCUAGGGCAUUCAAAUUCUAACAAUAUGUUAUUUCAAUAGUUUUGGGGACACCCUGUAGUUGCUAAACUUCAGUAAUUAAAAAAACAGAGCUGAAUGAUCAGCUACCAAAGAAGAGCGGCGACCAGAAUUUGUGGUCAGUACAUUGUACACAAUGAGGUUUAGGCGUGCAAAGCUUUGGAAAUUUACAUUUCUUACAAUGAUUUCCUUAUGGACAUGUUUCAUCGUUCGACAUAAAUUGAAAUCGAGCAAAGAAACUUCUAAGAAGGUAUUAUAUCAUAACUCUGAAUGUAAAAUUCUUGAUCUGAAGUCGUAUCAUGGCCACAGCCUUCCUAAGAAGCCAACUACCUACUCACGAAAAGCAGAUCAUUUUCCUGAAUCUCGACUUCAUGUGGAUACAACUAACGACGAGAGAAAAUGCCCUAAACUGUACGAGAUAGCUCGAGCGAUGCUGGAUGGCGAAAAGAUUAAACUUCCCUACGAAACAAACCACACGAGGUGGAAAUUUCGAGAGAGAGUCGAUUUAAAUGUUCUUACGAAAACGUAUUUUCACUGGAAUCAUCCAUGGCAGCAAGGAGACUCAGCAGAAACGCGACGAAAACUUCAGAGAUAUAACGUGUCAGCCAGAACUAUACCAGCAAGGAAAUAUUUAGUGACGUACGGUCAGAACUGCUGUGAGAUGUCGAAGAAAAGAGCAGUCAAUCAAGGAAUCGAUGUUGGCAAAGUGGACUAUGCUGAAGCUUUAGAUUUGUCCCAUUUAUCACUGCCUUUCCAGAUCUCUCAUCAAAACCUCUUGAGGCAUCGAAAAGGGGCAGGAUAUUGGUUGUGGAAAUCCUAUAUUAUACUCAAAACCUUAUUGACAAAAUUGAACGACGGAGAUCUACUUCUUUACCACGACUCAGGAUCGUAUUUUGUCAAAGACAUGGGCCCUCUAUUUAAAAUAUGCAUGGAGGCGAAGCCCAGUGUUCUCACAAUCCAUCAGCCAUACGAAGAGAGUAUGUAUUCCAAACGGGACGCGUUUAUUUUAAUGGGAAUGGACGAACCUCGAGUAUAUCAGAAGAAACAAACUCAAAGACUUUCUGGACUGAUGGUAUAUAUGAAAUCAUGUUCAACGAUACAAUUUGCAAUGGAAUAUCUGGCGUAUUCAGCUGAUCGCAGAAUCGUAAGUGAUGACAAAAAUGUCAUGGGUAAAUCGAAUUUUGAGGGCUUCAUAGGAAAUAGACAUGAUCAGACAGUUUUGUCUCUGUUGUCAAAGAAGUGGGGAAUUAUAGAGGUACGAGACCCUUGUACGUGUGGUCGAAAUAAGUUUACUCAAGAUUAUAAAUAUGCAUCUGGACCUUACAGUUCUAUGUAUGUUAAUGACAGAGUUAGAUAUUAAUCAUUCAUGUUUCAUAUGACUGAAUAUACAAACAAAUGCAAUAGUAACAGAAUUAACUGGCCACUAUAAUAGAACUGUGUC